UCGGUUUAUAAACACGUUCAUUUGUAUAUACAAACGUACAUCUGUAUAUAAAAACGUUCAUUUGUUUAAAAAACGUACUUUUUUUUUUGCUUAUCACCUACCGUGUAGCUGUCUGUAGAAGUCGCCAAUUGCUUUGUAAGACGUUUUGUUGAGCCUAGUGCCUUUCAGUUGAGGUAAGUACGGCUGGGCUAUAGACCACACAUGCGUGUCUACCGGAAUGGCCCCACUUUUGUCCAUGGACAUGAGACAAACACAGUCAGCAACUGGCAAGGAAGGAGUUGUUGUAGGGCCGUAUGAACGUAAUCGUAUUCUUGUUGUCGCAGAGAGAGCAGCCAGUCUUGUGCCUGAGAAUGCGUUUCGUGGUCUGCUAAAAGCUUCGCUGCGGACCCCCGGAUAAACUUUGCGCGGUAGCUGUACGAGCAUUGAAUAAACGUUAAGUGUUGCCAGUGCAGGUAGAGCAAUAAAAGGCAAGCACAAUAGUGCACAGGUAUAUGCGUGUUCAUAGCUGUCAAACUGUGG